AUGCGUAGGCAAAACAUUCUACUGUUGUUUGUCGCUCUCUACUUCGCUGCCGUCGAUGUCGCUACAGAUUUGCAGAUCACUUUCGACUCGACUGAUAGUGUGCGCAUCCCGACGAGGCUGUUACGAGCGCAAGAAUCUGCGGACGUGGGAAACGUCAACAAUGCUUUCCCUGCCGAAGGUGAAGAGCGGGGAGGCAAUGGAGCGUGGGUGUCGGGACUUGCGGAAUUGGACAAGAAGGCGUCGAGGCUGCGCAAGUUUGGCAUGCGAUUUACGCGCUAUUAUGCAGCAAAGUCCCUGAAGACAAGCUGGCCGUCACCUUCGAAUCCCUAA